UCGGGUACUCGAGUGUAGUAUAAACGCUUUCACGUACGUGUACACGAGCCAGUGUCGAUCUUGACGGGGUUGUCAAAUCGUACUCGUGUCAGCAAAGAGAGUCUGCUCUGCAUUGAAAAGAAAAACACAAAAACAUAUUGUUUUUAUUUUCGUGUUUUAAAAAUUCGACGAAAGUUUUAACUAAUCGUAAACAAUGGAAACUUACGAGAGUGUGCUUCUCGUUAAAUCGGAAGUGUUCGUCUUCAAAAUUCCUCCACGUACAUCGAACAGAGGCCAUCGAGCAGCAGACUGGAGCUUGCAAGAGCCAUCAUGGACAGGACGAAUGCGUCUGGUGUCACAGGGAGAUUCAAUAACGAUUAAGCUUGAGGAUAAAAUAACAGGAGAAUUAUUUGCAAAGUGUCCAAUAGAGACUUACCCAGGAAUUGCUGUGGAGCCUGUGACAGAUUCGUCUCGUUAUUUUGUCCUGAGGAUUCAGGACGACAAUGGUCGAUCUGCAUUCAUCGGAGUAGGCUUCCUCGACAGAUCGGAUAGUUUUGAUCUCAAUGUCGCUCUUCAAGAUCACUUCAAAUGGCUCAAAAAUCGUGAACAGAUAGAAAAGGAAAAAGAAACACCUAAGCAAGAAUUGGAUCUCAGGUUCAAAGAAGGCGAGACGAUUAAAAUAAAUAUGAAAAUUACAAAAAAAGAUGGUAGCGAAGUAUCGUCAAAGACGAAACCACGUGCUCCAGUAGGAUUAGGACUGCCACCACCUCCAGGCGGUGUGAAAAUUGCCCCACCACCAGCUCGAACCCCAACGUCGUCGCCGGCUCAUAAGCCUGCAGCAAAUCCACAGGUUCAAGGUCAGACAGGAUCAGAAUGGGGCGAAUUCGCGAGUGCCUCCCAACAGCAACAACAAGCAGCUGCUGCGACUCCUUCGACCAAUGCAACUUGGGUACAAUUCUAAGCCCAAGAAUUAUUAAAAGUAUAUUAAAAAAAAUUGGAGGAAAUAAUAAAAACGCGGACUUACAGGUGAGAAACUUAGAUUUCGCGAAUUACUGUGAAAAAUGACGAAAGAAAGAAAACAAACGUACAUACUCGACGGCGUACGUAUACGAUGAUAAUAAUGUAUUAUAUCGAUAUAGUGAAGUAUAGACGCGCGUGUUCACCCGAUUUCGAACUCUCGGGUAUUUUAUUCGUUUAAGUGGCAAAUAGUACACAGGAUAAUGUUUACGAAGCAAACAAAAACAAGAAAUUGUAGUUAGCCGACUGUGCUACAUGUUUAUUAUAGUGGUUUUCUUCCCAAAACUUAGUGGGUCGUUAAAACCUCAGUAAUGGGAGUCGAUCGAGGGACUGGGAGUGCAGAAAAGACAGUUCGGCAUAAAGUGUCGACAGAAUGCUUGCAGUUUUUUUUAUUAUUUUUUAUUAUUUCAUGAGAAAAGGUUAAAGGUAAAUUUUGCUGACUCGAAGAAUGUUGAGAAAAAUUAUUCUGACCGGAUAAAGAAAAAUUGGGAAUAAGGAAAUUGUAAUCGGAAAGACAAAAUUUCGACAAUUAUUGUUCGUGCGUUUGAAAAAAAUCUUCAGGCUCGUUUCAAAACGAUAUAAUUUGUGAGAAAUAAUAUUAUAUAUUUAUCGAUUAUUCGAGAGAGUUGGUCACGGGACGAGGCUGAAAAAGUAGAUUGUGAGGUCAUUAGUCGAGAUCGAUAAAUUGCAAUAUUAAUUGUUCAAUCUGCCAGUGGCGUUUGUAUAUAACGAAAAAAGAUCAGAAUCAUCCUGUAGUUUUUAAGAUAAACAACAACAAGCCUAAAUUCUUCGUAAUUUAAUCCAGUUAUAAAUGAAAGAAAUACUUAGCAACCAUAUUUCAGAGUUAUUGAAAUAUUUUUUCAUGUUACAUCCCCCGACACUAUUUUUAUUCCUUCGUCGUGUACUUUAAAAGGUAAAUGAGGGGCGGAGGGGGGGGGGAGGAAACAAUCGAGAAAUAAGCUGAAACGGAAAUAAAUUGAAAAAAUGGAAAAUAUUAAUCGUACAUAUAUAAAUAUAUUUAGAUAUAUGUAUAUCGGCCCAAGCAUGCUUAUUUUCGUACGAACACGAGAGUCUAACGAACUUUCUUUGUAAAUACGGUAACUCUCAUGUUUUGCCUUUCCGAUUCUCAUAAAUGUUAUUCAUUGUUGUUGAAGUAUUUCAGAGAAUAUAAACGAAUAAUAAGGGUACAUCGAUAGACCGAGUUGAGUUUUUUUUUUUUCCGUAAUUUCUUUAGUGACAAGAAUCAAUGAAAACAAUGCACAUACUCGUUAAUCAUUAUUAAUAAUGUUUUAUCCGUUUCCCUACAUUACAAAUAUGCAAUUUGAAAAAGCCACAUUGUUUUUUUCCCUCAAAAUUAAUACUUUUAAUAACGCCAAAAUUCAAUUAUCAAGUUACCAAUACGAUAGAAAAGCAAAAACUAAGAUUUUCAAUUAAUUUCCUUUGAGAUUUGUCAAUACGAAAUUGUUUAUCGAAACAUAUUUGUGUCUGAAAACGUAUGUGUGAAACAUUAUUAAUAACGUUAAAUACAAUUUCUAAUACUAAUUAUUUUAUCGUGCCGAAUGUGAUUUCUGUUUUUUUUUUGUCUUCUUUUCGAAAGAUAUUUAACAUAUCGCGGUAUUUGUACAUAAGGGUGUGGGUAUAAGUUAACUUGUUGGUGACAGUGAGACGAAAAAGGAAAAACCAAACCGACGCGACUUGUACUGAUGAAGCUUGAAUUUAUUGCUUGCCCUGUGUGUUUCAAUUUACAAAUGCUAUGUAGUCUGUAUGAUAUACACUGUAUUUAUUAUCAAGUGGAAAAGAAAAGAAAAAAAAAAUAACAAAACAAACGUACAAAGUCUGGUGUAGCGUUGAAAAUGAUAUUGCGUUUAAAAAAAAGAAAAGACUAAACUGCAAGUUAGUUUAUCGCCCCAAUUAGUAUCGCAGUCGUCUUUCGCAUUCAAAAAGCGAAUCGCAUUCCAGCGUAUAUACAACACAUAUAUAUUUAUAUAUAUAUAUAUAAUAUAAACAUAUAAAUAUGCUUCUGUUUCUUUCAGAAGUGUAAAAAAACUGUACCGCAUUCCAUAAAGUUGUUUUGCUGAGUCCAACGUUGUUGAAGGUGGAAAAUUCUAUGAUUAUUCUUUAAAUUUUGCAAAACAUUUAUUUUUCGUUCAAUCCCUCGAUUCUUAAUUAUUUCAAAUAUUCAGUAUUUUCAAAGUUUCUUCAUGCCUUUUACUUAUGGAUUCAUUUUGCCCUGUGGCCUAAUAUUUUCGUGCUACUCGUUUUUUUCGUAAUCGUAAUGGAACAAAAAAAAACAAACUGUACGUUUGAAAUAUAUCAAAAUAAGAGUUGGUUCGAGGGUAAAGAAUUUUCCUCCACUGGCAUGAAAACGUAUUUUUAAGGUACACACUUAGCUUAUAGGAAUAAAAAGGUGUAUCGAUGAGAUAGGAAAAAACUUGAUAAAUAAUUGCCGACGUAUAAUUCUCUAUCGUACUGUAUAUUUAGUGUUUUCUUUGUCCAUGAUUAAUAAAUGGCCAUUAUUUAGCACA